AUGGCAGACAGGGUACUUCUGUCUGAUGUCAACAUUCUGACCUUCACCCGCUCCAAGAAAACCACGCAUCGACGCGUCCCCGCCGUCCAGCAGCUGAUUUGCGAUGACAGCGGCCCCGCCGGAUGUCCCAACAAGAAGGAGUACCUCUUCGAGUACGCGACAUGCGAAAACGAAGGGAUCGGCGAGAACAUGAUGCCGUCCUGGUCGUGCACGGCCUCAAGUCUCCCCAAGGACACCGAACUGGGAAGCGUCAACGUGUCCUGCGAGGGCUACACGUACGGCGACGACCCGUACGUCCUCGCCGGAAGCUGCGCCAUGGAGUACACCCUGACCGGACCCACGCCGCAGAGGAAAGGCGGGCCGCUCGCGGACCUUCGUUUGCUGCAGUGCCUCUACGGACCCUUCGCAGCGUUCAUGAUCGCUUUCCUCGGGCUCUUCGCCUGCUGUGCGUGCUCCAACAAUAAACGGGGAAGGGCGCCGAGGGUAGGGGCAGCGGCGGCGGCUGCGAACGUGACCGGCCCCGGCGGUAUCCCCACCGCCACGGCCGUGCACCUCGACGACGUGGAGAAAAACGCCUCCUCGAAGGCCGGAGGGUCCACCACCGCUCACGCAGUCGGCACCCCCGUCGGGGCCGGGGGGCCCGUGGAUCACAAGCCUUCCGAGUCGCGCCCCCUCCUCGCGGGCAGCGGCGCCACCGGAGGAGGCAGCUGGUGGAACCGGGGGCGCCCCACCCGCGGAGGGCUGCCCGCGAACUCCACCACGUACCAGGGAGCGACUACGUCCGGCAGGGGGGACAGCGACGGCGGUCACCACAGCACGGCCGCCGGAGGGACCACGGGGAGGGGAGACGACCAUACCAGCACCGCCCACGGCGGGACCUCGGGCAGGGGCGGCGGCGGCGGCGGCGGCGGCGUGUUUGGUGGGCUCUUCGGUGGCGGAGGAGGAGGAGGAGGAGGCAGUCACUCCAGCACUGCCUCCGGAGGAACGACCGGUCGUAGUGGCGGUAGCGGCGGCGGUCACUCCAGCAGCGCUUCCGGUGGAACUUCCGGUAGAUAAUUCGUGAGCUUUCGACAACAAGCCCGACGAAAUCAAAACAGCACGCGAAACAACCGAUGAUUUCCCGAGUUGCUUCAGGGAUGCGGUAGCUCAGCGUGGACUUCGAAGCUGCGCAAACUAUUCGUCGAUUCCUUUUUCGCGGGUAAGUGGUGCCGCCGUUGUUUCCACCUUGGCUGUAAGUUAGCGCGCGGAGUCCCCACCGCAUCGCUCUCGGCAUGUGCCCUGUUUGUUAAUUUAUGUAUUUUCGAUCAUCUUCGAUGUUGUCAAUGUAAGCCAACGCGCGCACGCGAUUGUUUGCGCUCGUACGCGGUGACGCCGCCGCUGCCUGUCAGGUUUUUGGUGGACGGGGAGAGGGCGGUGUGUGGAGUUGCUUCUGCAGAGGCGGUGCAAGUUUUUUCUCACUACAAGUAGUACACGAUGUUUAGGGGUUGCGUUUUUUGUUCUCAUGUGUUAGCGCCCCUUUGAUGGCGCCAAGCACCGCUUGUGUGUGUGUGUGUGUUUUUUGUGGCCCCUCGAGCUUGAGGAGAGUCUCACACGCAACACGUUGGGCCCAGCAGCAGCCGACGAUGUUUCUGUCGGCAGGGUGGUUUCGAUUCCUGCGGGGGCGUAUUCGCAGCCGGGGAUUGCCACCCUUAGACCGCGUGGCGCUCCAACAGACCCGGCACACAUGGUGUCCAUGUGUCCAUGGGGUGCAGUGCAAAAAGUUGUUUGGCGGCAAGUUCGCGACGCGGCAGACAUGCGGUACGUGAGCGCGAAAGUAGCAAACUAGGUCCAUAUCCUUUAUACUGGCCAAUAUAGAUGGAGUUUGGAUUAAUAGCGACCCUAGAUCAGACGGCUUCGUUGACGUAUUUCGGGCGCCGCAGAUGAUAUACUAGGUGGAAAGCGAGGUUGUGACCCCGGGUCAGACCUCUUCGGUGACGGAGGCAAGGCCUUCCGGCGGGUAAAAUCCGCGAGCGACGGGUUAUUUAAAUGGGAUACCGUUGUACGACACUUUAAGAAAGGUGUCGGGUAGAAUAUGAAGCACUGGUCAGUCUUAGUUUAGAGCUGUUUUUCGUGCCCUCGGAAGUUUAGAGCUGUUUUUCGCGAUAGGCUUCAAACCUAAUUUUUUGCAAGGGCAAUAUUGUUCAACAGCCUAGACUACUAGUGUUUCCCGUAGGCUUUAGUGGACGUUCCUUGUUGUGCAUCAUCCCGAUAAAAUACGAGCUGGAGAGCCUCUAGGUGAUGUAAUCUACGCUCCUAAAACGGAAGAUCAACCUGCUUGUGUGUUGCCCUUUGCCUUUUUUCUUGCUUCCCAAACGGUAGUAUUGAUUACG